AUGCAGAUACGGUGUCUUCUCCUUCUAAUUCUGCUGGUUUCAGCUAUUUCUUGUUCCCCGAGACGUGGAAUCAGAGUGGUUGCUGUGAAUAAGGAUGGACUGUUCCCUGAUAGAGUUCAGAGUUCCCUGGAAUCGGCUUUGAAAUGGUUCGAAAAUGCUGUCCUUGUACAUGAUUCAUUUAGUGAUUAUGUGGUGGACUACGUCGGGAAAUUUGUACCAGGAUACCAGAAUCCUUUUGCCGGAAGAGUAACCAUUCAGACUCCGAACAAAGCUUUCUCCCUCGAAAUCUUAUCUGAUGAAUUCAAAACUUUCUUUGAAUAUUCCGACGUUGUUGUGUUCAUCAGAGCAAAGCCAUUUGGAUGUGGCAGUCAACCACAAGCUUUCGGUGGAUCAAUGAGACCAAAAUCACCUCGUCUCAGAGCUUCGAUUCCAAAAUUGGCAUUUAUGGAGUAUUGUUACAACGAAGUGAGCGACACCUUCAGCUACUUUGACCUGUUUCGUCACGAGAUAUUGCAUUCUCUGGGAUACGGCGUAUUUGAACCACACGACAGUUCAAUGAGUGUGAAAGAAGAGAAGUAUCAGUGGAAAAAUGAAGAUGGAACUGAAUCAACGGCUACCAGACACUUCUUCAAUACGAAUCAGCCUGCUUUGGAUGAAGUGAAGAAGUAUUUCGGAUGCGACAAUGACAUUCUGAAAGGGGUGGAGUCAGAUGAAGGAGGAAUGCAUCUCAACGAAUAUAUUUUUCAAAACGAAUUGAUGACCCCAACGCUCGCCGAAAAGAACUAUUUCAGUUACAUUUCUGCUGCGAUUCUCGAGAAUAUAUAUACUGGAAAUGAACAGUGGUAUAACGUUAACCGUACUUUCAUUGGUCCGGAGGCUGAUGCUUACAAUUUUGGAAAAGGAUUCGGAUGCUCUUGGCUCUUGAACUCUUGUUACGAGUUCUUGGAGGAAAGAAAAAACGAGAAAGUUCCCCGUCCUGCACCAUUCUGUUUGGAAGAUUCUGUUCAGAAGUGCUUCAAAAAGUCGGAAAAUGAACUGAUUGCUUUCUCGUGCGAGUUGCGCGAUUCAGGAGCCGCUGACAACAACAUUCCACGUCCUCUCAACACGAAGUACAAUGUUCCAUCGACUCGCUACUGUCCGAUUUACCCGAACUACUUCGAGAAGUCAAAGUACGAACUGGUCGACUGUCAACAUCAUAAGUAA